AUGGAAUACAGAAAACAGUCGUCGACCGGCAUAACUCCUAGACUUAUCAUCCACGGCGGUGCUGGGAACAUCCUGCCUUCAAACCUCCCACCACUCAAAUACAAAGCAUACCACGACUCACUCCUCCGCAUCCUCGCCGAAACCCACCGCUUUCUCACCUCUCCAUCUUCCUUUCCCCUGGAAACAUCCGCAUCAGCUACCGCUUUAGACACAGUAACAUACGCCGUAACGCAGCUCGAAAACAACCCUUUAUUCAACUCCGGCCAUGGCGCCGUCUUCACACGCGAUGGAGUCAAUGAGCUCGAAGCGUCGGUUAUGGUUUCAAAGGGCAAGAAGAAGAGAGGUGUUGGAUUGAUGGGGUUGCAACAUGUUAAGAAUCCGAUUAAAUUGGCGAGGGAGAUGUUGAUUAGAGGAGAGAAGGAUUUGGAGGGUGGGAAUGGAGAACAUAGAGGUCCUAUGGCUCAUGAUGUUGAUGGGAACGUUUAUAGUACUGGAGCCCAGGGUCAUUCGCAAUUGCACAAGUUCAGCGCGGAGAAGCUGGCUGAGCAGUGGGGGUUGGAGAUGGUUGAGCCGGAGUACUUUUUUGUUCAGGCUCGCUGGGAUGAACAUAUUAAAGGACUGGAGAAGGAGAAGAAAGGUGGAGACUCGACCUGGGAUGAAGAACAUUUCUUUCCACAGGGCACUUGUGGUGCUGUAGCUCUGGACAGCGCAGGCGUAGUUGCAGUCGCGACCAGUACCGGUGGAAUGACGAACAAAUUGACGGGACGAAUAGGUGAUACACCAACAUUGGGUGCUGGAUUCUGGGCGGAAGAAUGGGAGGAAGAAUAUACAUCGAAAGCGGAGAGUCUUAUUUCACAGCCUGGUCCAGCACUCAUACUAAGUGGCGUGCUUAAAGGCAUGAUGGCUGAUUGCUUUCCAAACCCUAUGGCAUAUUCUCCAAUACAAAACGAUAUUGACCUCAACGUCAUCUCCAAAAAUGAUCGGGUCUUCCGCUCCACGGCCAUGUCAGGUACCGGCAAUGGUGACUCGUUUUUACGAAUAAAUGCCGUACGAACAGCUUCAGCUAUUGCGAGAUAUCGAGGCUCGAAAUCCCAAAAAACCUCAUUACAAGAAGCAAUUACAGAAAUCUCAGGCCCUGGAGGAGAUCUCGUCAAGAGUGCUGGCGACCGCUGGCGUAAGACUGGUGAAGGAGAAGGUGGAAUUAUCGGGAUUGAACUCACUGUACUUGUGGAUGAAGAUGGAAACAAGAAGUCGGCAGUCUCUCAUAUCGUUGAUGAUUAUAACUGUGGCGGUAUGUUCAGAGCCGCAGUUGAUAAGCACGGCAAGGCUGUUAUGAGAGUGUGGAAGCCCAACCAGCAUAAGGGUAUGGAGGCUUAUGAGGGUGAAGGUAAGGAGUAUGAUCUGCGUGAUUGGAUUGAUGAGAAAAUUCAAUAA